AUGAAUCUUAAUAUUCCUUACCCUGUUCAUGGCCGACCAAGAGCUACAACGUUAGAAUUAUUUUUAGUAUCUACACGUUUUACUGCUAUGGCAACUGCAUCACUGGCUUUUAAGACAUCGUUUCAGCUUUCCUAUUCUACAGCUCAUCGGAGCAACAUUGAAGGUUGCCAAAUGACAUGUUGUAUUCCACAUUAUAAGCAAAUAAAACAGCUCUUUUGUCCGUCACAACUAUUUAAGCAGAGAAGGAAUACAAUUAUUGCCGCUCAGCAAGUCAAUAGCGAUGGCACUAAGUUUAUGGAAAUGAAUUAUAAAUUAGCUACUAAUGAGACUGAAGUAACAGAGAAUAGGAUCGUAGCAGAUGUUGAAAAUGUUAAUCAAUCCGUUAUUAACUGGUUUUGGAAUAUACCACAGUGGCUACUUGAUACUGCAAGAUUAGGACCAAAAUACUAUUAUAACUACUUCCGAUAUCCAGUUCAAUACAAGGUUGGCAUUAAAGCAAACAAGGAUAAACCUGGACAAUUUACUUUAGUAGCUAUCGUCAAGCAUCGAGAUUAUGCAUUACCAUCUCGGAUAGAGAAGGACUUAAAAUCGAUUGCUAAACAUAAAGAUGAAACUAAUAUUCUCAGUAGCGGUAGGCUGCAAAUCAGCGUUACGGGAGACAUUAAAUCUCUCAAUGGAGUAAUUUGGGCAGAAAGUUUGAAUAAAGCAGUCUAUUUCGAUGGAGUAUAUUCGGUUACGCAGUUUGCUUGUACGGGCCUUCUCGACAAAAAUAACCGAAUUUAUUCUAAAGGUACCAUAGAAUUUCGUUAUGUUGAUCCUGGUCCAAACUGUCAUCCAGAAAUGUCAUCUAAUCCUGACUACAUGGCCGAAAAUAAGCCCGUCAGUGUUGAUUUUAAUUAUAGCCCAGAUCUUGACAUGACUAGGAGAUAUUCUUCGCUCUUCAACUAUAUUCCAGAACCGGAUCAACCUGCUGAUGACGUUAUCGAGUCUUCAAGUAGCCCUGAAAAAAGUCCAUCAGAUAUAGUUCCUCCGGUGCCGACGUUUAUAGUAAGGGAAAGUAAACACCAUUCUGCUGAGGUAAUUAGCAUCAAAGUUACCAAUGAUGGCGAAGUAGGCCAUUUUAUCAUUUCAACUGGCUCAGAUGGAUAUUCUAUUGCUGAUUUUGAAAGAAAAUUUGAAUCACUAGAAAAGUUGUUGACCUACUACAAUACUUAUAAAGAUGAAGAAAUGCAAAUGAGAUUACGUGUUCCACCAUCCAAUGAAAGCGUUGUACCUGCACAUCCAAAUAUAAAAGUGUCAGCACCUGAAGAGAUUCCUGACAGCACAUUCUCAUAUAAGGGAAUGCAAAAAGAAAAUGGGCAAUCGGAAUUGGAGGAAUACGAUUAUGUCUCGACUUCUCUUGAAAGAGAUGGGGGUUUGUUCAUUAUCUGUCUUUAA